AUGCAGCAGAAGGUAUGUGCCAGGAGUACCUCUCUCCUCACUGAGAAUGGGCAGGCUUGUGGGGCAUCUGCUGACUCCCAGCUCCCAUUUAGGUGCCCUCGGUGUGGGGAGCAUGAGAGGUUCCAUAGCCUGGCCUCCUUGAGAGACCACCUGGAAUACAGCCACAGCUACUACCACACCAUGCACGAGCUGAGCCUCCCGACCCGCAGGGGGCACUCUCACCCAGAGAGAGCCCUGCAUGUGCGCUCCCUGAGUGACACACGAGAGGUCACUAGUUGCAUAGAGAGGUGUCGUACGCAUAGUGUGGGGACGCAGGCAGCAGAGGAGAUACAGACUGAGGAGGAGGAAGAGGAAGAAGAGGCCAGUAAAGAUUAUUUAAAAUUCCACAAGUCCAGCCCUGGGACAGAUCAUAUCCCCUUCCCCUUUCCAUUUGACGACCCUCCAGACCCAGGCAGCGAGCCAGAGGUAGUGUCCCCAGAGUGGAGUGUCUGUGCUGGGGAGGUGUCGGUCCGGCGCAGGCUUGCCAAGGUCCUGCUGGCAGCGGACAGCACCAUGCAGAGGAGGCUGCACAGGGUCAGCACGGAGCUGGCCCAGACGGACACAGAGCUGCUGUGUGAGCGUGCCCACUCCCAGCACCUGGCCCAGGAGAGGCAGGAGGUACAGGAGCGGGAGAGGGCGCUGAGCCGCCAGGUGGACGUGGCCGUGAUGGUGAUUGCCACGCUAAAGGAGCAGCUGAACGAGUCAGAGUACGAGCUGGAGAGGAGAGAACAGUGAGUAGUGUCUGAGCCAGUAACUCAAUCUUAACCUUUCCUUACCCUAUUGUUAGUCAAAAUCAUAGUCAUGAGGUCAAAUGGCCGACAGUACACUAAUCUGGUAACUCCUUAGAUUGUUGCUAGUGGAGGUACUGUAGUUAUUGCAGUAGCAACAUUAUUUAGCAUGUUACUAGAUACUCCCCUCAUUGUUCCCCUCAGGUCUUAGAUUUUGUUUCUGUAUUUUUUUUAGAGAAGUCAUUACCAUUCAGAAUUUUCUGGAGGCUGCAACCCAGCAUGAGAUAUGUGGUAAAGUUCGGAUCCAACGUUUCAUUGAGAACCUGCUGAAACGCAUCGCCCUGGCUGAGAGGCUACUGGAGUACUAUCAGAGCUCCCCCAGUCCACCAACCUACACCGAUUACAUGGUACUGUACAAUAUCAAGCCUGUUUCCUACUACUGACAGCAAUGUGUUGACAAUGACGGAUUCCUUUUCAAAGGUUUUUGUGGCAGCUGCUCUUACUUUUUUGGUUUUAUGCUUCUCAUAGAUGGCAACGGAAAGACGGUUAGGGAGAGAGUAGAGAAUAUCAUAAUUUUUACACAUUUGAACCCUCGUGAGAACUGUUGAUCGUAAUUGGCAUCCCAGAUUCAGUUGGGGAGUUGAGAGGAAGCCUUUUCAAAUAUGUUUUCUUCCUCCGUAUCGAUCUAAAAAAGGGAAAAAUGAUAGCCUUUCAAACAUCCCAGAACUGGAUAAUAUCAGCUUUGGUGUAAACAGUAGAAAUACCUGACAUAUUUUCAUCUCCCCUGCAGCACCAGACAGCUGGAAACGGACCUCAUAGAAUCACCAAAAGCAGGCGAGUUUGUGAACUGAAUUUUUUACUGUUGAUAUACAGUACCAUUCUUCACUAUUAUUCUACAAUGUAGAAAAUAGUAAAAAUAAAGAAACCCUGGAAUGAGUAGAUGUGUCCAAACUUUUGACUGGUACUGUACAUGAUCUACGUUUUCCAUAGUUGGGCCCAUGAGCUUUGGGCCGUGCCUUAGUGUCUCACUUUGAUUACAAUGCUGAGUUUCCAGUUUCAAAGGUUAGGACAUGGUUACAUAUAAAUUAUACAUAGGGAUCCCUUGUCGUAAAUGAGAUUUUGUGUCCUCCUCAUUCAUUAGUAAUGAUUCUGAGUUUUAUCUUCUACACUAAUCCUGAGUCUGUCAUCGUUACCUGCUGCCUGUUGAAGCAUUGGUUUUAUGUCUGAGGUUUGUUGCACUGUCCCCUGAUUCUAGGUCAGCAGGUUACCAGCUGUCACAGUCCUGUCCCCAGGAGGGUAGAACGCACCCCUCCCAGUUAGGACGGGCAUUCCCCAAAGCCCCUAGUGAGAGAGUGGGUCACUCUGGCUACUUCAGACCUGAUCGCAGGGAUGAAGUCUGGAACCAGCGCCGCAGAUCAGCUGGAUUUGAGGACUAG